GUGAACCAACAGCGAGGGAGAGUGUGAGCCAACCGGUUCUUUUUUUUUUUUUGUUAUUUUCCCAGCACAUAGCAGAAGAAUGAGAGCCGUCUCCAUGUAGGUUAGAGAGGGCAAAGAGCGCUCUGUAUCCCCACUCUCUGUACGUUAAAUCCAUCUGGCGGAAGGAUGCGAGAGUCCUGUUGACACCACGGAGAGAUACACGCUGAGACCGACUAUGGCUGUGGACGCGGCGUCCAGCUUCAGUUUUUGCCGUGCUUCCCUGGAGCACACGCUGUCUGCUGAAGAGCUGAGCUACCAGCUGCCGCGUCGCGCCGGAGGCAGCAACCUGACCUGGCACGACGGCCGUGGCCAGAAAACAGCACACACACGCACCGUCAAACUCCUGCAACAGCCCGGCACAGAGGGCAUCCAGUUGCGUCCGGGUGAGGCCUUCACUGUGUAUCACACCAGUCCUACUUUGUCCAGUCUGUCCAAACCUGUGGUGCUGUGGACUCAGCAGGACGUCUGCAAGUGGCUUAAGAAACACUGUCCUCACAACUACCUGACCUACGUAGAGGCCUUCUCCCAUCACGCCAUCACAGGUCGGGCGUUGCUGCGUUUGAAUGGGGAGAAGCUCGAGAGGAUGGGAAUCAUCCAGGAGACGCUGAGGCAGGAGGUCCUGCAACAAGUCCUCCAGCUACAGGUCAGAGAAGAGGUCCGCAACCUGCAGCUCCUAAGUAGAACCUCCUUUGGAAACUUCUCUUAGCUCAUCCCUGGAUCCAUUUGGCAGCCCUCUCCCUCAUCCCUCGGUCACAAUACAUCUCCAGGAGCCACAGAAGAGCUGCUGUCUUCAGAUAUGCGAGCGGAGAAUCGGCGAGUGAAAGGAAGGACGGGGACGAGCCAGAAGACUACACGCCAACACAGUCUGGAGGGUUCCCAUUCAACACGGCCAAUGCGGUUUACAGACACUGAGACAGAGACAAAGCCCCUCUGAAGGCAGGGCUGCCCACUGUAGCAUAGUGAUGAGAUGUAAGAAUCACUACAGGGGUGAUGAUGUAGGUCUGCCCCUGGUCAGUGCUUGAUCACAGAAAGCUCCUUUUGGUUUCCUGUCUGAUUUGGAUCUGAAGGACAGGGCAACACUUGGGUUCAUUUUUGACACAAUCUUCACUUUGUCUCUUGGUGGGGAAACUUUCUAAAAUUUCGUUAUGUCGCAUUAACUGUUGAACCAACUGAUGAUGAAGUAUUUGGUGUAAAAAUGUAGCGCCACAAGUUGGCUCUGAAUUUUAAUCAAAGGAAACCUCUCUCAGUCUCCACCUUUCUAUAAAGCUUCAACUCUUAUCCUUUGAACAAGGGAUUAGAGCUGGAAUUACACGUUAAGAUUGCUAAUACAAUCCUAAUCAAUUCCUCACCCACAAGUCGCUGUUCAUUUCUCUCAGCUCUUUUGAUUUGAAAUUGCAAUUUGAAGGGGUCAGCAUUUGUAGCAGAAUGUUACUCAAACAGUCUUUUUGUAUUGUGACAGAUUUGCAGUGAGAAAUUAGAAGAAUAUACAGUAUGAGCAUUGUAGAAUACUAUAAAUCUGUGUAUACUGUAACAGUAAUUUAGUCUUUUAUUAAUGAAGUGAAUCUAGAAAGCAUAAAGUGAUAAUCUGUAGAGCAAUAAUCUUAAUGGUAAAAGAUGGAGAGAAGUUAUUGUAUGAGACAAUAAUGAAAUCUUUUUAUUGAAAUGAAUGAGGUAAAGCGUCAACAUCUGCCAGCCUCAUGGUUUCUGACAUCAGUGUGUGUUACUGGAGACUAAAUGUCAUUUAUUGCACACAAAAACAGAGAAAAGGACAAGCCUCUGUUUUCUUCUAACUCUGUCCCUUAUGUGGCUGUGACUUAGGGCGUUAACACAUUAGGCACGAUUGCCCCCUCCCCUCCUGUCUCCCCUGCUGGUCUGCUUUGAUAUCAGUAACCUCAUCCCAUGCCUGAUCACAUGUGCACAGCCUGAUACAGUAGCUCUUGGUUCCAGCUAAGAAGAGGCAACCACUCAUGUCCGUCAACAUUUGUUUACGUGAACAGUGAAGUCCGUCCUGCAGACUCUUAUGGAUGUUAUCAUUUUUGAGAUUCCAACCACGACCUUCGUCUUACUUCCACAUCUACUGCGCAUCGCAUAGGAUGAAAUGGGUGCAUGCUGCGCGGAUGUAAUGGUUUUUGAAGAGACAGAAGACGUUUAGACGUUGCCUUUACUGCUCUACUCUCUGACGAGUAUCCCAUACUUGAGCGUUCACAUAUCCUGCAGACUGAGCUGGACCACACAUGUCUAUGACCACCUCUUCAACCCAACUCGUGCACGGCACCCAAGUCAGGUACGCUUCUGUUCAAAGUGAUGAAACAAACUGGACAUCAGGGUCAAGUUCCACCCUCAAAGUGCUCAGAAAUGAAGAUACUGUAACGCAAGAUUUCCAGCAUAACUGAGGCAAACACCUUUGAUGUCGCCCAAGCUUCAUAAAGUAACAAUAAAAAUGUUAAAGCCACUAAGAUAAAGAAGUUACAGAAUAAUAAAACUUCCAGUAAACAAAACAACUUCCUCUUAUCUCCUUUUUGACAAAGAUGUUUCAGGUAAAAUGAUUUUGCUGAUUGUUAAAAGGGAGAAAAUACUCUGUAUUAUUAUUUUUGAAUUUAAAGAUUGACUGUAAAUAAAAAGUUUUGGUUGAUAGACUUUAAAAGAAAAAAGUAACAAAUGAAACCUAUUUAUCUGCUUUACA